UCUCCUUCAUCACACAAAUGGAGUUUCCCUCUCACUUCCCCUCUCCCAGUGCCCCUCACACCUCUCGCUACGCAUUCCAAUGGCCUCUUCCCUUCUCCCUUCCACUCUAUGCGCCCUCACUACAAACCCUAACCCCAUCUCCGUCCACCCCAGAAUCCCAUUUUGGAACCCAAACCCCCGCCCCUUCUCUCUCUCCUCCAAAGCCCAUCGCAGAAACCCUAGACGGUUCUCAAUCCAAGAGCAGCAGGAGAAGAGGGCGGAGCAGUCGCCUUCGGCCUCCGUAGCCGAAGAGGCCGAGGCGGAGGCGAAGAAGUCGGAGACGACUGUGGGAGGAGAAGGGUUGGAUGAGAAGGGGAAGGAGCAGCAGGAGGUGGAUUGGAAAACGGAUGAGGAGUUUAAGAAGUUCAUGGGGAACCCGUCGAUCGAGGCCGCGAUCAAGCUUGAGAAGAAGCGGGCCGAUCGGAAGCUCAGGGAGCUCGAUCGCGAAUCGGAUGGUAAUCCGAUUACCGGGUUCUUCAGGAAUGUGCUUAGGGGUAGGUUGUCGAAGGAGAAAGAGCAGUUGGAGAAGGCCGAGGAGACCUUCAAGGCUUUGGACCUUAACAAGUUGAGGAGUUGUUUUGGAUUUGAUACAUUCUUUGCUGUGGAUGUGCGGAGAUUCGGGGAUGGGGGGAUUUUUGUUGGGAAUCUGAGAAAACCCGUGGAAGAAGUGAUGCCCAAGUUGGAAAAGAAGCUAGCAGAAGCGGCAGGCCGAGAAGUGGUCCUCUGGUUCAUGGAGGAGAAGAGAGAUGACAUAUCAAAGCAGGUCUGCAUGGUACAACCGAAAGCAGAAAUAGAUCUUCAAUUUGAGGCUACAAAGCUGAGUACACCCUGCGGCUAUGUGAGUGCCAUAGUAUUAUGUGUCGCAACUUUUGGAACAAUAGCUUUGAUGAGUGGCUUCUUUCUUAAACCUGGUGCUACUUUUGAUGACUAUAUAUCCGACGUGCUCCCUCUAUUUGGUGGUUUUAUCUCGAUACUUGGAGUCUCCGAGAUUGCGACGAGGUUAACCGCAGCUCGAUAUGGUGUUAAGCUGAGCCCUUCAUUUCUUAUUCCAUCUAAUUGGACCGGAUGCCUUGGUGUUAUUAAUAACUACGAAUCGUUACUACCAAACAAAAAAGCUCUUUUCGACAUCCCGGUUGCCCGCACAGCUAGUGCGUAUUUAACAUCACUGGCACUAGCUGUCACCGCAUUCGUGGUUGAUGGUAGUUUUAAUGGUGGGGAUAAUGCAUUAUUUGUAAGGCCACAGUUUUUCUACAACAAUCCCCUUCUUUCUUUUGUUCAACUGGUGAUUGGGCCAUAUGCAGAUGAAUUGGGAAAUGUAUUACCUAAUGCUGUUGAAGGUGUAGGGGUUCCCGUUGACCCUCUUGCUUUUGCUGGACUUCUAGGAAUGGUUGUGACAUCGUUAAACCUUCUGCCAAUUGGUCGGCUGGAAGGCGGGCGGAUAGCUCAAGCACUGUUUGGGAGGGGCACUGCAGCCGUGCUCUCUUUCGGCGCGUCACUUCUCUUAGGAAUCGGUGGCCUAAGCGGCAGUGUCCUUUGCUUGGCGUGGGGUUUAUUUUCAACUUUCUUCCGAGGUGGGGAGGAAAUUCCGGCGAAGGACGAGAUCACUCCUCUAGAGAACGAUCGCUUUGCAUGGGGCUUCAUCUUGGCUAUCACUUGCUUCCUCACUCUCUUUCCAAAUGGUGGUGGUACAUACUCAAACUCCAUUUUCGGCCCUCCAUUCUUCAGGGGUGAUCUCUAAUUGCUCUAUUGCUUACGGUGAUUUUAUGUAAAUGCAUAUACUGUUGCAAUCUGUAUUGUAAUUGUAUAAUGUGCUGUAGAUAUAAAUUUGUAUCAUAAGAAAUCCGAAUACUAAUUUGAAUAAGAGGAAGAACCUUGGAAGUUAUUACUUUAACAGUGGAAGGUAAAGAUGUAACCUUUCUC